UUUCAUCCAAGGUGAUCGAUGACUAUUGACUUCCUCUUUUUCCACGAAAGGAAUUGAACAAACAAUAAACUUAGACAUCUGAUACAAUGCAGUUCAAUCUCGUGGAGUCUUCCAGCCAUGGCGCUUCAAGACGUGUUCGAGGAUUUCAAGAAAAGCAAGGCUGUGCUGAAAAAAGUUCACCAUGACACGGUUAAAUACUUCGAUGAAAUCGUUCGAAAGCUUUCCGAUAAAGGUACUGCAGAAAUUGUAGAAGAACUUCGCUACUCAACCUCACCCGUGCAAGCUUCUCCAGACGAAGUUCGAGUAAUGGCUCAAACAGUGGCAAUGGCGGAUGUUCAUCUAGAGUUCGAUUACGCCCUUGCUGAGCUGCUUUACACGGCUAAGGAGAAGAAGGAAGUUACCGAUUUGUUUGAUCAGGAGCCGGCACUCAUUUUUGUCGGGCAAACCAACUGCGGGAAAAGCUCCAUAAUCAACGAGCUCCUAGGUUGUAAAGCGCUUCCUACAUCAGACCAACCGAGCACCGCGAGAAUUGUUCGCGUUUGCCACGCCGAGGAGCCUUACUGUCGCCUGGUUGACACACAUGGUAAAACCUUAGAAGAGAUAAAGAUGAUGGGUAAGGAGGGAAACAGAAUCCCUCGAAAGAAGAUCGAACUCAAACCUAAGGAUCGUGAUGACCCCAGUAAAGUGGGGGCGAUCGUGGAGACCGGUUUAAAUAUCGAGUUCUUGAAAUGUGGUGUAACCAUAAUUGACUCCCCUGGAAGAAAUGAAAAUAAAGCGCUGGACAACUUGGUAAAGGAGCAGCUGAAAAAUCCUCUGGCGUUUGUUAUAUACGUGGUGGAUGGACAUGAUCUUUUCACAAAGCAGGAUAGAGAGGUCCUAAAUGAAAUGACAUCCUCAGGGACCGAUUUAUCAAUAUUUUUCGUUGUCAGCAAACUGGAACCGGAAGAUCGUACCGAAUCAUCAGAUGAGGACGAUGAACCAAGAGGUCAUGCAGCACCAGUGAAGGCGCGGAAAAAGCGAGAGCUCGAAGUACAGAACAGAAAGAAGACACGGGUGUACGAGCGGCUUGUCAAAAACGGCCAUUUUCCUUCUCAACUGUCCAUGAAUCAAAACGAGCGAUUCCAUGGGCUGUCAGCUUGGCGCAUCCAGCAGUACCACGCUUUGAAGAAGAGAAAUCCCGAAGCUUCUUCCGAAGAGUUUACAGAUUACACUCAAGCCUUUGAGAGAUUUCAAAACAGCCUGAAAGAGUUCGCUGAAGAAUCUCUACGUGCAAGGGUAGCGUGUGUGUGCAGAACCCUCGUGCGUGUUCUAUCCAGAUGCUUGGAUUUCUUCAUUCAGAAAGCUAAUGUUUUGAAAAGGGGAAAGAAGCAAAUAUUGAAGACGUUGGAAACACUUUUGCGCGAGGAACAGCAAGUUCACGAGAACAUAAUCCGCGACCUUGAGGACGAAAAGCGGGCCAUGGAGAUACAAGAACUCCUCAGUGAUGCCAUAAAUGGAGCUAGAGAAGACAUCCUAAAGGGGGCAGGAGAUUUUGAGUACGUUUUGACCGAAUUUACCAUUCCGUCAGAUGGCCAUGUAAAAGAGAAACAAGCUGUGGCUUACUGUCAGGACCAGAUUCAGGGGAUGGUGGUCAAAAAACUCCAAGGAGAGAUCAAGCAAAAGUUAACGAUGAUGUUCCGCUCCAGAGAUCUGUUCCUUGUUCACCUCAAAGACGGCAUGGAGCAAAUUCAAGGAGAAAUUGCCAGAGACAACGACAUUCCAUCGGCAGCACUCGCUCUUGGCAAAAGCCUUCUUUCUUCUUACGAAGCUCAAAUCACGUUUCCACAACGCAACGGAGCAGCUUUACGUUUCAUAAAGCAAUUAAGCGAGUGGUUCUACAAUGCAAUUCGUAAUCCGAUCAAAACAAUUAUCAAGACCAUCAGUGGAGAGGUUCAAGUUGGCUCGAAGAAAUGGAAGACAGAUGUUGCUUCAAAUGCCCUUGCGAAAGUAAAUCCAUCUGACAUGGCUCAGAAAAUCGUCACAAGUUUGAAGGAGCUUUUUCGUGACUGCCAUGAAGAGUUCACCGGUGAAAUAAGAAAAGUGCAAGACCUGUUCGAUCGCGGAGAGACCAUCAAGGACAUGCAAAGGGAAACUCUUCUUGGCUUUGCUCCCAAUCUUGCACUUCUUGAGAUGCUGGCAUAUGGUGUCAUGGACAGGUUCAAGUUUGGACUUCCAGCCAAGGGAGAGCUCAUUGGGACUGGGGCACAGGGCAAUGUCUUCGCCUGUGACAACAUUAAAACUCCAGAAGGGAGGCCAUGUGUUGUUAAGGUGGUAGGUGUCGCUUCAGAGGAGGUGCUCAAGGACUUGACCCUGGAACUUCAUAAUACCAGAGCCCUCCACCAUCCGAACAUUCUACCCGUUAUAUGCACCGUAGUGGAGUCCAACCCGAAUUGUGGCCUUUCUGUGCAACUUGUCUCGGAGCGAAUGAGAUGCGAUCUUCAUGAUGGUUUAGUGGGUAUACCCUCCUUGAGAAAGAGGCUUGAGAUAGCUCUCGACGUUGCCAAAGCCUUGCAGUAUCUUCACGGAGAGGAGCUGAUCCAUCGCGAUGUUAAAAUGCAGAACGUCUUGUUGGACGAGAAAAACAACGCAAAGUUAACUGAUCUGGGUCUCUGUAAACCCGAGGGUCUCAUCUGUAACUCGUUGGUUGGUACUCCUAUCAACAUGGCGCCCGAAAUGUUGAAACAACAGUACGACAAAUCCAUUGAUGUGUACGCGUUCGGCAUGUUGCUCUGGCGAGUGUGCGAAGGUCAGGGCAACCAACCACAGAAUAUAAACCGCCACUUUCUACCUCUGGUUAUGCUCAUGAUGAAUGCCGUUGACAACAAGACACCAGAGAGGUUGGACGUGUUUCCAGAACAAUGCUGGCAACUCAUGGUAAGGUGCUGGAAUCAGGAUCCCGAAGCAAGGCCAUCAUUCGACAGUGUGGUUAGGGACUUGGAAACGUUCCUAGCGGAGAUGCCGGAUCAGUAGCAGCCCACCGACGCAGCAC